UCCUAAAAGGAAAUACAGAAACCUCUUGACAAGAUAAACAAGCAGAUAGAACUUGCAAAAUUAUAUAAAUUAAGAGAUCCGAUUUGACCGGAACGGAUGUAGUGGCGGAUAGAGAAUUAAUCCGAACCACUCCCAACCGGGUUUAUUUAUAAAGAUUUGUUGGGAGGAAAAGACACGACCAGAUUCUAUCUCUAACCCUAAACAGCCAAUCCCUGCCUCCCUCAAGCUCACAAUCCACAGCAGAUCCCUCUGGUUGAGUGCCUUCGCCGGCCACCCACCACCCACCACCCUUCAAUUCCCUACCCUCAUUCCUAUAACCUCUCCACCCAAAACAGAAGCAUCAAGCGUCUCCAGCACCAACAGUUUUCAGGUUCAAGAGCUAUGAACUGGGUUCAACGGAAGAUCUACCUCUAUAAUGUCACUUUUGGUCUUUUCAUGCUGGAUUGGUGGGAGCGUUACCUUUUCAAUAUUCUGGUGAUUGUGUUGAUGUGGUUCAUUUUCUACAAUGGAUCACGAUAUGUCACUGACUUUUGCAAGAGGCACCUAGGGUGAAUCCCGGUAAUGUGAACGGAUCACAAGGGAAAAAGCGAUAGUGGCAUGCUCCCGGAUCUGGUCUGACAUGAAAAUUUCACCUUUAGUGCUCUUCUUGGGCUUGAUUAUGCACCAUCUUUAUAAUGAUUACAAAUCCCGGUCUUAAAUUUUUGCAAGGAUUCAAGAAUGUAUUCCUCUCUAUAGUGAUCGUGAAACAUUUCCGAUCAAUUGCAAUUGAUGGAAUUUUGUGUUCAUGUAGCUUUCACAAACUGAAUCUUCCUGGCGUUUCUGUUUGGUAUUGUGAUGAAUAUAUUUUU